AACGUACAGUCAAUAACACUAUAUAUCUGUAUAUAUAUUUGUGGUUCUGAUGGGGUUAGACAGUUAAACUAAGCUCAUGAUGCAUUUAUGUUCUAUUCUUCAAGAAUCAAUACAGUAUCUUCUAUUUAUAACUCCAAAAAAUAAAUGUAGCAACUGCAGAUUGUGACUUUAAGGUCAAAAGCAUUAUUUUAGCAAUUUAAGCGCAUGAUCGUGUGAACUAAUAGUGCGCGAAAUUAAAUGACAGGUUGUCCUAAAUCGACUGACUAUGGUCAUGACGCCGUGCAGAUGAUUUCAGCACCACGAGCGCAGGAAGAGCUCCACACUAUUUUACAUGCUAGUGCUUAAGUGCGUGCACGCGUGUGAUGACUAAUAGAAAGUAAGUAGGGAUUCAAGGCGCAUAUAGGUACUGUAUGUGGACUCAGUUUUUCGCCUAAAUAUAUUAUCCAAAAUUGUUCCGUUUAUUGUUCGCGUAUCUGUUGGUAUACCCUUUAUGUUCUACUGUAGACGUUUUAAUUUCAUCUACGCCUUUCAGAAGCAGAGGAGCCUGUAGGAGGCGAUGUAGACUCCAGUGAGGAAUGUGGAACACAGAUGUGCAUCCAGUGUGUGUGUGUGUGAGAGAGAACCAUAGACUGUAAAAAGAACAGAGUACAGCUUUUGCAUUGUGUGCUAGGCUACGUCAUUGUGAUCCCCGAGAAUUCUCUCUGCUCCCCACAUCGUCACUCCGACCGGUCCUCGACUCUGAAACGGCUUCGACUAGAUAGUAUCACCAGGUCAAUCUAAUGGGACAAUUGAGGCGUUUGAUUCCAUUUGCCUCGUUGCACUGAGGUUGGAGAGAAGGACAUUAGCCUACCACCGCGAAGUGAAAAUCAAACCCCAACGAAAUGACAACCAAGGAGUCAGAGAAUGUGGGUCUCUCCAUACCACUGUGCAUCUACAACGGGGCUUCCCAAACCAAUGGCACCUGCAUGGACCAAAUGGACCGCUUCUUCCAGCCGUUCUCCUCUACCUUUGCGCUCAUGGUGCUGGUGGCCAUGAUCAUUGGGAUAAUAUUGGUUUCCCUGGCAGCAUUUCACUUUAACAAGAGGAGGAUGAAGAAGAGGAAGAUCCAGCGUGCCCAGGAGGAAUACGAGCGUGACAACCGCAGCCCCUCCACCAAGACGAAGAGAGAACCCACGAGACCAUCCAUUAUUGUCCGACCGUCGCCUCCAGAUAGUGAACACCGGCCACACUCCGUUCUCCAAAAUACCAGUUGUCACAUUCAGGAGGACCCUGGUACCUUACCCAUUGCAAAUAAAGAGUCAGAAUUGGAUAUGGCACACAUUGAGAAAGGAAAUGGACAAGUCCUGGAAACGGUAAUCUUGUCUUGAUAACGCUGCAGUUGAAAAUGUUGGGACUUUGUAAAUAGACAACAUAUCCACGUUAUAGUUCAGGUGUAACUGACUGAAAGAAACUCUUAACAUCAAUUUGGGAUUAACUGGGAUAAGCAAUAUGGCACAAAAACAAACACUGACCUCAAGGAACUAUGGUUGCCAUUUCAUCAUAAAUCACACUGAGUGGAUUAAUAUCUGUGCCACGUGUAUAAAAGUAGAAUAAUUCAGUAUAUUAUAAUACAUUUGUGGGAUAAUUUCAGCAAAUGACCAUUUGGUAAAGUAUUCUACAUUGAAGACAGGCUAUGUGUGAAGGAUAAUGAUGCCCACUAGAAAGAGCACUGUCCAUGGUGCUGAAAUGUAUAUUCAUGUGCUGCUAGCACAUUUCCUUGUGUAGAUGUAAAUUGCUAGUCGUCCUUAAAGUAUUAUAAAGUAUUUAUUUCUACAACUACUAUUCUACUCCUGGACUUGCAAAUUUUAGAAUUAGAUUUCUAACAAAAGGCAUUUUCCCUAAAAGUUCAUUCAACCUUUUUAAAAGUAACUGUCCAGUGAAAAUCUCACUUUUAAAAGUUCAUAUUCUGUUAUCUCAUACCCAAAUAAUGUUGUUGACUCAUCCUAUACACCAAUGCAACCAAUGCAUAAAAAUAAACCUCAAACUUGUUUCUCAAACAGACCAUUUCGAAAAUGCUUGCUGUUUCCUCACAGAGGAUUAUGUCAUCCUCCUGAGGAGAAUGAGCUGGCCAAUCAACAGUCUACCCGCAUUCAUAUUUUUCAGUGAUAUGCGCACAAUUCUGUUGUUGGGAUACACCCACACCAUUCCAACAUAUAAAAACAUAGUUAAUUAACCUUUUUUGGAAGGAAUACUAUUUCAAUCAUAUAUAAUAGAAAUCUGGAAACACUGGACAGUUACUUUAAAAUCAGUACCACAUAACACGAUUGACUUUAUACAUCAUUCAGUAGCUACUGUCAGGCUUGAAAUGGGUGACAUAGCACAUUUUCUGGUGACCAUGCAUUCCUCUUAGUGUUAAUCCAUUUUAUUUUAUUUCGACAAUGCUUUCAAAAGAAGAGCAAGUAGAUGUCGGAAGAUGCCUUGAGAGGAACUAGACUCGGAUUGGCAUGUGCUAUGUAUGGCACCGUUUUCCAAAGUUUUACAGGAGCUAUCAAAUAAAGCUUUUAAGUCAUGUUUGAAAAGGUUUCACAAUCCUACUUCAGGCUUUUGGCUUUGUUAAAAGUGUGGCAAGAGGCUUAAGUUGUAAUUUGUUGCAAUUAGUUAGUGCAGACUGCAUAUAAAAAAUAGACUCAUCAUUAUUUUCAGAGUUACAUAGUUUCAUUUAAAUGACGUAUUUUUAUUGGUAGUUGAUCAUCUGCGUUUAGUUUGUAAUAAGGCACUCUUACAGAUGUCAUGAACUUUCAUGUGCCAGGUGGUAGCUGUGGGUCUUAAUAUAGCACUUUCACUAUUUAUAAUGUAUCCUCUGAAAUGUAAUAAAUUGGGAAUCAUAAACAAAUAUUUAUUUUCGCUUUUUGUCUUUGUAAUGCAAGUGACAUUUAGUCUAUUUUUCUUCCUCAAAACAAACCGAAUAUUUUUUAAAUAUGUAGCCUGUAACAUAAUUUAACAUUGUGACGCUGGAAAACCCCUAUGUGUUCUGAGCUUCACUUUUGAGUGAAUCCUCUCAAAAAACCUUGGCUCUACCCAUAACGACAGACCUACCCUUGACUUAAAGCCACGUCCACCUCUCUUCUGAUUGGCUGGCUCAUUGGGGAGUUGAGUGAGUUGAGUGCUUUGACAGGUUCUCCUCUAAGAGGGGUCUAUGGCGGCGGGCCAGGAGCAGUCACUCCCAGUGAGACUUGGGCCCAUGGCCAGGUGCCAGGAGGGCAUGUUCCUAAUUGUCUCCUCAAAGACAAGCCCUGGGUCUCUCAUCCCUGGCUGGGCUCCAGCUCCUAUUGGACAUACUGCUGCUGGGAGUCUCUCAGCGGAGCUGUCCCCA